GGAAACCUCAGCAAGCACCCAUCUGAGACCAAGUGUCACCCACAGACACGCCAUCGCUGUUUCAUCUUCUCCCGAUACUCACCAUGGAUAUCCCCAUUCAGUACCCCUGGUACCGCCGGGCCUUCCCAUACCGACGUACUGACCUGUCCUUUGUCGAGUCUCUCACCGACUGGCCUCUCAUCUGGCCAUUCCCAUGGUCCUUUGCUUGGAUGCGCCCCAGUUUCAUGCGCUGGUUAAACUGGCCUGAAAAUGGACACAGUGAGAUGUACGUGGAAAAGGAUCGCUAUGUGAUUUAUCUUGAUGUGAAGCAUUUCUCACCGGAGGAGAUCAGUGUCAACGCCGGUGACGAGUUCAUCACAAUACACGCCAAGCAUGAAGAUAGACAGGAUGACCACGGCUAUGUGUCCAGGGAGUUUCUGCGGAAGUACAGGCUUCCCACCGGAGUGUCAUGCGCUGAGAUCACCUCCAGCUUGUCGUUCGACGGCGUGCUGACAAUCACCACACCCAGGUCUCCACCUGGCCCCGAGCGUAACAUCCCAAUAUCCUGUGAGGAUGGAACAGCCAAGCAGAAAAUGUAGAGCGGAGUCAGGGUGCCUCUGACCCAGUUGCACGACUAAUACUCACUACUAAAUUCUGCAUUUGUUUGUAUUUAACCUGUUUUGUGGGCAGUUGAGUGCGCGUAUAGAUGGGUCAGCCAUGUCUAGAGUCCUGCAAAGAGCCUUCUAAUAAACCAGUAUCUAACUUGC